AAACUGGGCCAAAAACGCCAUGUUUCUAGUUAGAAUCUUGGUUAUUUUCAAGACAAAUAGUAAAGAAUAACUGAGGUCAGAGGUAAAAGACAAAAGCCUCAUAAAAAUUUAAGCUCAAAGUUGUCCUUUGCGUGACUGUACUCAACUACGAAUAAAAACCCACCUCCAAAAAAACUCAGGACGCAGUCAAAACUUUUUCAGAGAAAUGAGAGAGAAAAUUUAUUGAAAUAUUGUACUUUCCACUUUGCUUGAAAUGUAUCUUUGCUGACGUGGGUGAAUUUUUGAUAUAUCUGGUCACCUUAUCUGCAAAUGUUUUCCGGUUAGAAAAUUUUUCAUAGCGCAGUAGCAGAAGACACAUGAUGUAAACAAAAAUAUUUUUCUCUAGCAGAAGGAACCAAGCUCAAGUCACGAAGUCAAUAGAGAAAUACACUCAUGUUGUUCUAGUGUAUUCAUUUAACAUUUUAAUACGAAAUUCAAAAUAAACUUUCGAUUGACGAUAUACUGUUGGCUUCUGUCAUCGAAUUCAUGCUGUAGUUACAUCCAGGCCAAUUUUUGCCUAGGUUACGUGUGUCAGCCUUACUGUGUUUAUAUUUGUGAUUCAGUCUUCAAUUCUUUCACUUCAUACUAUCUUAUUCGGCAAAAGACAAUAACCGGACACGGGCGUUCCUUUUAGCUGUUUUAUUAACCAUAGAAUGACUUUGUGUUUCAUUGCUAUUGCUUGACAAGUAUGUGGACCUGGACUCAUUGUUAUAUCAGCAUAUUAAAUUGUGUUUCAUCCAUUUAAAUUGCUUUGUUUCUUGUGUUGUCUUUUCUUUUUCCUUUUCAAAACCAUUUCAAUAGACAACUGUUGAUACUCAUUUGUGUACCCCCUUGCGUUGCUAUGGAAACAGCGACGCACAACUUUGUUUUUAUCAUUGGUGGAGAACAGGCUGUCUAGCAAGCAGCAAUGGAAGAAUCUGAGUCUUUAUUGGUGACUGAAAGAGAUAGUUUUCAGGAAAGAGGUAAAGGAUUUCAUGGAGAAGAAGGCGAUGCAACGUCAUUUGCAUCUUUUAGAGGCAGUACGUCGAGUCGCAAGAAGGGAAGCACGUUGUCAUCCAGCACCAGCUCACAUGUUGAGACAUUGAGUUGUAUAACACCCCAAAGACUGAAAGAAAUCGCCAUAGAACUGGGAAUUAUAAAGCUUUGCUGGCCACAGAAUAAUAAUCUUCAUCAAGAGAGGAAGUACUAUCCAGCAUCAUUUUCGGAAAAUACCAACAAGGAGAAGCUGUUGAUGUGGUAUGCUGAAAAUUUCCGGCAGCAAUUUCAUCACGAAUUUCCUCAUAGAAGACCACUUUUGCUCGCUGUAGAGAAUGAGUGUGGAUUGCAGGCAAGUGUUCAAUGAUAAAGAGAGGAGAUUUGUUGGCAUCUUAAUUUUUAUUCAAAAUAGUCAUUAUAUCCAUAUAUACAAUCUUU